AUGGAGGAGGAUGACCUACUCGAACGAUUCGACUCCGAGUUCACGUCCACCAGCUCCGGCUCCGUCAUUUCUUCCACACUCAGCACCGACGAUUUCCGGAACCUCACGAGCUCCGGCGACAUUUCCUCCAUCAGCAGCGGCUCUGGCGAGAUUCCUCCUGUCGCGGUCACCGAGGUGGUACUUGCGCCACCGCUGCUCCACCGCGCGGGGCUCAAUGACUGCGAGACGCCCACGGCCAGGGAGAAGUGCGUCGGGAGGAGUAACAAGGGAGUGAGUUGGGGACAUACUUCGGUGAUCGGGAGGAGGAAAGAGAUGGAGGACGCCGUAGCCGUUAUUCCGGGAUUCAUGUCUCGCACGUGCGAUCACGUCGGCGGUUGUACGGCUCCCGGCUCCAGAUCCUCCGGCGAGAUCGCUCCCGUUCAUUUCUUCGGCGUUUACGACGGCCACGGUGGCUCACAGGUGGCUAAGUUCUGUGCUAAGCGGAUGCACGAUGUUAUAGCAGAGGAGUGGGACCGAGAAAUGGCAGGUGGAGCUGAAUGGCAGAGAAGAUGGGAAGCCGUAUUUGCUAACAGUUUUGAGAGGACUGACAAUGAAAUCCUGUCAGACGCAGUUGCACCUGAAAUGGUAGGAUCUACUGCCUCUGUGGUUGUUCUAUCUGGUUGCCAAAUUAUUGCAUCCAACUGCGGCGACUCAAGGGUAGUUCUUUGCCGCAGGACACAAACUAUCCCCUUGACAGUGGAUCAAAAGCCGGAUAGACAAGAUGAACUCUUGAGAAUUGAAGGAGAAGGAGGAAAAGUCAUAAACUGGAAUGGAGCUAGGGUGUUUGGUGUUCUUGCCAUGUCCAGGGCCAUAGGUGAUCGGUACUUGAGACCAUGGAUUAUUCCGGUGCCUGAGAUAACUUUCACAGAAAGAACAGACGAGGAUGAGUGCUUAGUUUUGGCAAGUGACGGACUCUGGGAUGUACUGAGCAAUGAAGAAGUUGGAGAAGUGGCACGCCACAUUCUUAGAAGACGCCGCAGAUCUAUGUCAGUGGAGGAAACAUCUCCUGCACAAGUUGUUGCCGACAGCCUGACUGAAAUUGCAUACGGUAGAAAUAGUAAAGAUAACAUUUCGAUCAUAGUUGUUGAUCUGAAAUCAAAGAGAAAACGUCAGCAAAGGCCUCCUUUAAUAUCCUAA